UGUGCGGCUCUCUCUCUCUCGCUCUCUCACCCGUUCUCUCUCUCUCGUCUUGGUGGUGAAAAUUUUUUCGGGUGAAACCAAUUUGGGGCGAUCCAGCCAUCAGUAGCGACCAGCUUACAGGCCAAAUCGCUUUCCUCCUCGAGCUUCUCGGGGUGUGCGUGCACCACACACGGGCACACAGGCGGAUUUUCCACUACGCUCGUCGCAGCCGUCACAAAUCCCGGACCCCGUUACGGGCGGAAUCGGAAACGGAAGGCGAAACCCGUUUGCCAAGCGGGUUUGGCCCUUUUUUGGGAGGCUCCAGUGUUUCAGCGCUCCAGUGUUCCUUGCGUUCUGGCAAAUGCAUCCGUAGUAGCAUCGACGUAGGUGUGAUUCAGCAGUGAAACGCAUUUUUCGCAACAAAAAAGUGUACGUGAAAUACAGACUCCAGUUUCUCCAUAUCGCCAUUCUGUGUGUGUCGCCAAACAAAGGAGCGCCAGCUGGUGCAGUUUCCUUCUGCGAUGGUAGUGUUGGUGCUGUGUGUGAACGUGCUGCGCUGUGCUAAUCGGUGUGUGAAGUGAGUGAAUCCCGUAUCCCCACCCGUACUCUGCCCCAUGGCGAGAUGGCUGACGACGACGAGUGCGUGCUGACUGAUCGAAUCAUUGAUUGCAACUGCUGCUGCUGCUGCAACCGUCGCCGCCGUCGUUAUUGCAUCGACUAAUCGGUCUGUUAAUGAGAUGGAAAUUGUAAAAAUCCAUCGAUCACCCAUUCCCUUGUAGUGCAUCAUAUAGUGGGAGUGUAGAAAAGUGCACUAAUGCAUCCAAACACACAUAUGCUAGGGUCCGAAAUUCGCAGGAAUAUCAAAAAUGAGUAGAAACGAUGGAGUAAAACAUUAGAUUGAACGGUCGAAGUGCAAGUUCAAGGUACAAUGCGUUUAGUGCAUUUGUGGUACAACGAAAGUGGUCGAUACUAUGUAAAGCUCAAGGGCUAAGUAUCAUGCACGAGCGGUCAGCAUUGGGCGACAAAGAGAAGUGUGAUUUCGCAAGGAAAAAAUGGAAACCAUAUCAAAGCUUUAUCCUCCGUAAGGCGUCAAAGUGCAGCGAACAGUAGUGAAGCCGCUACACUAACAAAGCAGUAUUCGAUCCAUUCAUAAUGAAAGCCAACGAACCAACCCAGUCAACCCAGCACAGUGUACAGCUAACCAUGCAUCAUACGUCUUGAGCCGGUGGUAGGUCGGUGGUGCCGACUUGGCAACACGCCACAGCUUCCAUCGCUGGCCUUUGCGUUAGACGGAAAGCGAUUGUUAUCGGUUGGUGGGCUGCGCAGUAGCAACAGCAGCAGCAGGAGCAGCAGCAUCCUCAUCAACUGGCACUACCCGCAGCGACAGCAACCCACAUCCUCCGGUGACGUUGUGCUGAGAAGAUGUUCACCCAAACCAACCGCGACAUUCGAUUCUCCAGUGUAGCCAACGGUGACGAUAACGACGACGACGGUUCUAGCCAUCAUGGCCUGUCAGUGAGCCCAGUGCGCCCGGACCGAGCAUGGUGUGCUGCCGGAAGAUUGUGCUGCCGAGUGGGAACGAUCGCGAUCCACUAUUGCUGCAGCAGUGAACUCGAUGCAAGCGGCGAGCCGCAAGUGACGAACCGGCAUCAAUACUGGCCGUACGGUAUGGGUCGCGCAAUUGACGAGCCAUCGUUUGCCGAUCUGUUUCGUAAGAAGAAAAAGUGUUGACGGGGGUUGUCGUUGGUGUUGUGAAACCAGUGCGUGAAAUUGUAAAGUUUGAACAACAAUGAAUAUUUAAGCGAGAUCAGUGUGACCGAACCAGUGAGUGGAGAGAGCAGAUAUAGUGUCGUGCAAAAAAACGUGUGCAAAAAGUGCGGAAGCUCCAAUGCAAACCACAAAACACUGCUACAGUGCACAAAACACAUACACUAAGCCAAUAUACACAGUGCAUAUCUCAGUGUAGGUAGUGUUGUUCGCAAGAAACAGGAAAAAAACACUUAUUAAACCCCAGUUUCACCAUCGAGUGUAAGAAAAACGGUUGAAAUGUGACAUAAAGAUCAAUCAGAUGAAAGUGAAAUAUUGAUUUGUAGCAAGUGUCGUUUGUGAUACAAGCGUGUACCGAUAGUAAGGUGUAGAAGCAGUGUAGUUCCAUUUGCAAGACAAACUGGCCAUUCCACAGCCUGCCAGGUGGCCGGUUUAUCAAUAAACAAGGUGUGAAUCGAUGUUUUCGUACCUCAGGCUACAGUGGUUUGGUGUUUUGUGAAGAGUGACGAGCGGAGACAGCGUGACAAAUCGAGAGAGAGAGAGAGAGAGAGAAAAAAACAGGAUACAGUUUCACAGUUCACAGAUCAAAAGGUGCAUUAGCAUCAACCGGAGAGCAAAAUGGACGACAUGCCCGAUCUGUCGCACCUAACGCAGGAGGAACGGGCCAUCAUCGAGGGAGUGAUGAUGCGCCAAAAGCAGGAGGAGGAACGGGAGAACGAGAUUAUGCGGCGCAAGCAGGACGAGGUGGCGACGCUUGUCGACUCGAUCCGGCAAAAGUCGGAGCAACAGAAGAAGGCCGGGGUCGAGCUGGAGGCCACGUGUCACAUCUGCCUGAAGACAAAGUUCGCGGACGGUAUCGGGCACAUCUGUCACUACUGCAACAUUCGCUGCUGUGCCAAAUGCGGUGGCAAAGUAACACUACGCAACAAUAAGGUCAUAUGGGUGUGCAUAGUGUGUAGGAAAAAGCAAGAGCUGCUGUCGAAAACGGGUCAGUGGAUGAACAAAAGCACCAGCCCGGACGGUGUGAUACGAAGACAGGAAGGCGACCCGAGGACGCUGCCCCAAACCAUGCUCGAUCCGCACGAUCCCUCCGACAAGCGUCCGAAGCUGGAGCGGGCCCGCAGCGCGGCAGAGAAGGAGAACAAUCCGAUGCAGCGGGCCAACAGCCAGCUGCGCCGGCAGUACAGCCAGCAGGAUCCACCGACCCGCCGGCUGUCCCAGUCGGACGGCAGCGGGAUGGACAUGAUGAUGUCGCCCGGCCAUCACCAGCAGCAGAUCGGCCGGAUGCAGCAGAUGGGCCACGGGCAGGUGGGCGGCAUGUACGGUGGCCGGCCGGGGGCAGGCCAGCAGGGCUACGGCGGUGGCCCUUACGGGCAGCAUUCGCAGCUUCCCCAGCCACCGAUGCAUCAUGGUGGCGGUGGUGGUGGUAGUGGUCCGUACGGUGGUCAGCAUUCGAUGACUCCGCAGGUACACAUAACCCAUGCCGGUGGUGGCGGCUAUGGGCACGAUGACCCAAGCUACUAUCAGAGCGAAAUCGAAGAUCUCAUGCGAACCCAUCCGCAUCUGGUGCAUCCGAGGCAGCAGCAGCACUACGCCGAAUCGCUCCAGUCCAGCUCGGCUCACGGUAGCAGCGGCAUGGGAGGCGGAGGGGGCGGUGUUGGCAGUGGCGGUAUGCACCUACCACCGGAGCCCACGAAAUCGCACAAGCGACCGCUCGGUGGCCCGUACCUGCCCCAGCAACGCUCCUUCAGCAGCUCCGACGAGGACAUUCGCUCCACGCCGGAGUUCGAAGCCGGUCACCAAAGACAGUAUUUCGAUAAUCACACUCGACUGAACGCUAACCUUACUGACUAUCGAGCAACAAAGCUGGACGUGCAGCAACGCAACAGUUACAAUCGUACCAAUCACAACCGAUAUCAAUCACCGUCCCAGGCGGCGCCGCAUUCAUCCCAUCCGUAUCACUACCAGCCGUCGCAGGAUCCGCUCGGCCGGGACUACCAUCCACAGCAGCCACUGCCGCAGGUGGUGGUCGGCGACAGCACUAUCGCAGGCUACGAUAGUAUUAGCCACCAUCAUCACCAGCCCCAUCAGCCUCACCAGUCGCUUCACCAUCUGUCGGGUACGGUGGCACCGAGCCCGGUCACGAUACCGCAGGGCCUGCACGGUGGUAGCAGCGGGAGCAGCAGCAGCAGCCAGCAGCACCAUCCGUACCAGCAGCAGCCCCACCAGCAGCAGUGCAACAGCAGCAGCAGCGGUGGUUCCAGCCACAGUACCACGGGACAUCAUCCGGUGGCGCAGAACUCGCACGCACGGUACGGUACGAGUCCGGCCGGGACCGAGCAGCCGGAUCCGUACUGGGACGAGCCGGCGGACAGUCGGCGGUUUACCGAGCGCAGAAAGAAGACGGUCCGGUUCGAUGGGCAGGACUCGGACGAUUGGUCCCGGUGGGAAUCGGAACGGCAGGGCAGCCAGGAUUCGGCGACCAAAGACUCCGGCAUUGACACGAGUAGCACGUUUACCAGUAGCGAAGACUCGAACCGUGGCGAUGGCCCAAAGAAUCCGCUAAGCUGGCAGGUAGUGUCAUCGUCGGACGGUGGCCGACCGAUCGGUCCAGCGGUGCAGCGAAGACCGUUUGACGGCGAAGAUGUGCUAGGGUUGAAAGUGCGCGGUGGCCAGGUGUUACCGAGCGAUCCCCGUGCAGCGCUCAUCGAACUGGAGAGUGCCCACAUUAGGCCAGAAAAUUACGAUCGCCGCGAUAAGCCCAGUGUGCUGGUUACCUCGCCAGGAUCGCCCGAUCUGCACAGUGUGCGUAACUACUCCAGCUCGCGGUACAGCAACCGGCUGGCACCGGCCGGGACGGUCACGCAAGAGAACAGUGUCGGCGGCCGGGUACAGAUCAAGCUCGGCUUCGAGCCCAGCUCACUGCAGCUGAUCGUGACCAUCCUGUGCGCCAAUGGGCUUGUGCCUCGCGGCAACGGUGCAGCACGCAAUCCGUACGUUAAGAUUUGUCUGCUACCGGAUCGAAGCGAAAAGUCGAAACGACGCACCAAAACGUUAGCCCUCACGAACGAUCCGCGCUGGGGCCAAACGUUCGUCUACGAAGGCUUGCGAAGGGCGGACCUAAAUAACCGUCUGUUUGAGGUGACGGUGUGGGAUUACGUACGGUACGGUGCGAAUGAUUUCCUUGGCGAAGUAAUAAUCGACCUGUCCACACACCCGCUGGACGAUGAGGCGGAAUGGUAUAUUCUUCAACCCCACCAGGAAACACUGCGCGAUACUUUGCGUAGAGACGAUAAAGAACCUGGCAACGAAUUGGAUAUGAUAUUGACCCCGACCGAUCAUUUAUCGCCGCCGAGUACGACCUCACGAUUGAGUGACUCUGAUACGACAUCCGAAUGCGAUAUAGAUGGUUUGAUGACCGGACGUGACGGCGCUAGUGUAUCAUCCUUAGGCAGCUCAUCUAGUCCUCCGCCAGAGGUCGAUCUGCAGGACAGACGAUCUAGACGGGAUAUGUCCCCGCAAGGCAGGAAACGGGCAGCUGGAAUGGUAGCGAAGGACUAUCGUACAGUUUCUGGUGUCGGACAGGGAUUUCACAACCAGAUGAGUGCAGAGGCAUCGUCGGCGUACAGGCGCAACGGUACGAUGGCGUUGAAUCAGCGAAGCCAAUCGGCGGCACCGAGCGACAACUAUCGGGACGAUCGGCGGGACUCGUUAUCGCCACAAGAUGAUAGAUAUACAGAAUAUCCAGUUCUUCCAUUGCAUCAGUAUGCGCCAAGAUUUCAAUCACGAUCAGCGACAGCGACACCAACCGGUUCACCGAAGAAACGACAAUUACCACAAGUACCUCACAUGUCACGGAAUGCAGCAAUACGGGAGCGGUUCAUUCAGGACUUUGAGGAGCGCAGUGGUGGACGAUUCGCGCGGCAUCGUGGCCGCCAGAGCCACCAUCAGCCGACAUACCGCAGCACGGGAAUGGGAGGCUGGGAGCGACACUACUCCGGACUGUCCGACAGUGACUUGACGACGCAUUCGUUAGAGAGUAGAAUUAGGCCACGGCACUCACUAUCUCCGGACAAGGAUUUUAUGGGUGACUUUGGCGAUUCCGACAUGGAAUCGGUAGUUAGUGUUACUUCAAGUGCUUUCUCAACCCAAUCGGAGCGACCGCGCGGAUCGAAAGGGAUCAGGACUCAUCAGAAUCGCCGUCUUCAGCACCGGAGCCUACCGACGGGAUGGGCAACGACCUCACUGUGCGCCCUGCCGAGUGAGUCAUACCCGUGCGGAGGUCAGCAGGUGAUGGCCGACAACUCGGGCAUACUGCCAGUGUUGCCGGAUGUAACGCAAGCCACAAUCAUUCCUCCCAAGCCGGAGUUUGAACUACCACCUCCUGCUUGUACUGUGGUUGGUCCUUCCGUAGUUGGUAAUGCUAGUACCUGUAGCAGUUUUGUGUCCCCUUUGCCCGUAAGCAUUCCGAUCGAUUCCGUGCUAUCGGAACCGAUACCGAUCUCUCCCGCUCCACCCGAUAAGACAAUCUCGCAAAUGUCCGAUAUGGCUGGCAGCUACGGUUCCGUGCCCGUCAGUCAUGGUGGCUCCAUGCCUGAAGGGUAUUUUAAUGAACAGUGCAUCACGCUGCAGCCGGAGCGUAGUACGAUUCGUAGUAUUUCCAUGAACCCGGGCAGCGACAACGUUAUGAGCACUUCGGUGAAUUUAUCUUCCAGCCAACCGGGAUGCCAACAUCCCGCGACGUCGUUCGAGUUUCAGUCGGGAUCACUUCCCACCGAGCAUUACUUUGGGCGCGCGAGAGCUCAUCCUGCCGGCGGUGUCUCGAUGGAUCCGAUCAUGUCGUCCUCGAUGCACGCCGCAGAUGGCACUGGCACGGUUGAGUACGAACAGUGUGCACCGUCAAUGGGACGGCGUCCAUCGUAUGCGAUGCGUUCCAACACCUCGGAACCGAACCUCAACUCGAUGAUCAUGCGACGGCUCUCGAACCGUCCCAUCGAGCAACCGCAUGCGUUUGGAUACGCGCAGCCGCGCAAUCAAAUGAUAUCGAUCUCGAAUCGGUACCAUCCCCAACCGCAUGCCGGCAUGGGUGGGAGCGACAUGGGCUCGAAGUAUGCUCCGCCACCGGUUGCCACGAAUCAGAUCAUUUUGAAGUCAUCCUUUUCCGAUCAGAAUUUGCAUAAUAGCAUCGUUUACGAGCCGGGCGGGAUGAGUGGCGGUGCCGGAGGGCAGAAUAUUUGCAUUUCGAACAAGAAUGUGUACGAUCCGCACACGGGCUACCAGAAUCAGACCAUCACGUGCAUCAGCAAUAGUAGGGAAAAUCUUGGUGAAAGUAACUUCCGGUACACGAGCAAUCCGGAGGGCACGGUUUGUGAAAUCAAUGCACCGGAUGUGCAGUUUCGCAGUUCGCGCGCUUCAAACUUGUACGAGGAAGUUGCAAUGCCACUGGACCAGGCAAGAGUGCCGGUGAAGGAAACGCUCUCGGCUGGUCGCAAUAUUGAUUGCGACGAGCAUGAGUAUGGCGUGAGCGAUCUGGAGAUGCACCCCGACCAUAUUCUCAACAAACCGAUCGAGGUGCUUAAAUCUCCCAGCGAGUAUCGCUACUCGGCCUACCCGAAGAAGGUGACCGAGGACACGUACGUAGUUAGCAGUGACGUUCGCGGGAAGCCGGAGAAGAUCUCACGGUCGCAUUCGUUGAUAGCGCAGGAUCAGAUAAUAGACAUUGAGUACGAUUCGGAUACGGGCUGGAAGACGAAAAGCGUACGCAAGAAUGUGUUUGCGAGCAGUGUGGAGGAGAAGGUGUACAGGAAACGGACUCGUUCGUUGGGAGGCGGGAACAGUGAAGAGGAGACGAAGGGCCGCAGGGACAGUCAGUGUGAAACGAAGAAGGUCACUCCAGUGCAGGGCAGGAAAAGUAGGAGCGGUUCCAAAGCUAGUCUAGAUCGUAGCAACUUGACGCUAAACAUAGUCAAGAAUGUCGACGGAGAAUCGUCAAAAAAUCAGUCCGAAAAGGGCAAAAGCAAGAACAUAGAGAAACCCACAGCAACUGGGAAGCAGGGAGAGAAGGAAAAGUGUACGGCUGUGGCAAAGAAAGAAAAGGAGUCGAGUAAGGUCGGCAAAACCAGCUCCUCAUCCAAGCCGGGAAUGGUAAAAUCAAAGUCGUCCACCGGUUCGAGUACACCGAAAAAGGGUACAAAAAGUCCGGCUAAAAGCGGGUCGGGUUCGAUUAAGAAAGCCGGUUCUUUGAAAGGGAAACAGACAAAAACGGGAGGAUCUACCCCAUCCAUUGCGAGUAGCUCGAAGGUGAAAGUUGCCGAGAAGCCUAACUUCAAGGAGAUAGAUACGAAAAAGUCCAAAUCCAAGCUGCCCUGUAAGAAGACGGACAGCAAGAGCCGUGUGGACGAGAUUAAGUCCGAAUCGACCGUGCUUUACAGCAGUUCGGAAUCGAUCAAAUCCAUCAUCGAUGAGGUGAGGAUGGAACUGCUGCAGAAGCCAAAGUCGACCGUUUAUCUGAGCGACGAAAGCCCGACCGUGCUGAACCGUAGCCACUCGUUCAGUGACGGCGAGCUUAACUACAGCAAACGCAUCCACGAUAGCUACGAUAAGUAUGAGUUUGUGGACGGUCGCAAGCACUAUCUGCUCAAGGAUGAGCGGUUGAAGCAACGGCUCACCGAUCGGUACGGGCAUGAAAGGGCGGUGGGAUACGAGAGAAGUACCGAUCGGCGCCGGGGUGACGAUGAGUACGAGCGCAGGGGAUGUCGCAUGGUACCGGACGGUGAGGAGGAUGAUCCGCGCCGACGUCCUGAAAUGUUUGCCAAGUGCAAAUCGCGCAGCUCCAGCCUGGUAUCGAACGAUGCGGGUGAGAUUCCGCUCCGGCGCAAGGUUUAUCACAGCGACAGUGCUGAAGAGGAGGACGAUGACGAUGGGCGGGAGGACGAGGAAGAGGGUGACGAUGAGGUGUUUGAAAGUUCGUUCUCGCGGGGCCGGAACUCGUCGUUCAAUGGGAAGUCAUCGCUGAAGCGUAGGGCACGGUAUGAUACGAGGCGCACGAGUAGCCUGGAGGGUUUGGAUCAGUUUCUAGCCAACUUGCAGGAUCGUAAUCGUCGCGGGGGUCGCGACGGUGCUGGUAAAAACGAUAGCGCACGGCACAGCUCCGUAAGCAUUAACGAGAAGCCCGAAUACUUUGAGUACACCAAGUCUCCCUCCUCACCGUACUGCACCAGUAGUAGUGGCCGCGCUAGUGCUAGUAGUAGAAAACCCGCUAACUAUGCUUCCAUUCUUUCCUCCAACAAAUCCUCCAAUGGCGUUGCGUUGCUGCAAACCACACCGAAACGGCCGUCGAUGAAAAAAUCCUCCAACAUGCCACCGGCGGUGGGCGAUGUUGUUGGCCGUGCGUCUGAUGGUACCCGAUCCCGAUCGCACGAUCGUCACGCGGCAACCCGUUCCGGCUCACCGUCAACUUCGGCCGGGCGCCUACCGGUGGACCAUCAACGCCGGGCCCAUACCACCCACAGUGACUACGAUGUGCGGGGCCGCAGCCGUUACGGUGGCCACAACGGAGGACGGGAAGCGUAUCGGCAGCGCGAUCGUGACCGGGACCGCGAUCGGAACAGUAGCGAUCACGAGCGGGACCGAGAUCUGAGCGAUCGAGAGCAACGGGAGUCGCGGGAGCGCGGCGAACUGGACCAAAGUCUUUCGAAUACCGAGGGAACACCGGAGGAUAAGAUAGACGGUAGCCUAAGUGAUACUGCAGUGAUACAGAGCUUGGAUGCACGACGUAAGUUGGACCAACGUUCGCCGAAAAGCGAAACGCCCACCAGGGACCGGGACCGGUUCGGUACCGGUAUGGGUAUCAAGAGUAACUCGACGUCGCAACUGUCGGCAACAGAUGAAAAAGGUCGUAAGCGACGCAUGGGGUUUGGUAAGCGUGGCAAGAAUUCCUUCACCGUGCAUCGAAGCGAGGAGGUGCUUCCGGGCGAGGUGCGCGGCGGCGGCGGUCUAUCGCGGGGCUCGUCCGCCUCCAGCGAUGGUGAAGGAAGUGCCGACGGUGACAGAUGGUCACCGUCGUUAAGAGUAGCGGGUGAUACCGGACCUUUAUCGGACUUCAUCGAUGGUUUGGGACCAGGACAGCUAGUUGGACGCCAGGUACUGGGUGCUCCGGCCUUAGGGGAUAUUCAACUGUCUAUGUGCUAUCAGAAGGGUUCCUUAGAGGUUGAAGUGAUAAGAGCAAGGGGAUUGCAGGCACGUCCUGGCUCAAAAGUACUUCCAGCGCCUUACGUUAAAGUGUAUUUAGUUUCCGGUAAAAAGUGUAUAGAAAAAGCAAAAACAACGACUGCUAGAAAAACGUUAGACCCACUAUAUCAGCAACAACUAGUGUUUAGGGAGCCGUUUGCGGGAUGUAUACUGCAAGUCACGGUAUGGGGCGAUUAUGGUCGUAUGGAAGGCAAAAAAGUAUUCAUGGGUGUAGCGCAGAUCAUGCUGGACAACCUCAACCUCUCACACAUCGUCAUCGGCUGGUACAAACUGUUCGGAACAACGUCACUGUAAGACAAACACGUUUCUAAACCUGAACUAUAACUAUGGAAUGGUAUGAGCACGUAUUUCAUCACCGCCCCAACGUACAUCGACAGGUGAACAACACUGGACUUAUCGCAUAUAGAAAGUAAAUGCUACACACGAAAAAUGGAUAACAAAUCAAUCCAUUCACGUAUGCGCUAUCAAAACCAUUUACGGCCUUACAUACGCAAAGGGACACUUUGGAGCUAUUCACCAACGCACGGCUAAGGUUGGGAUACAGUUUCGUUCCAGGAACUUCUACUGCUGAAUGUGGUCUGCAGAGAAAAACAGCAAAAUGAGACAAAACAUACCCGUUUGUGCGCGAUCGUGAUUGAUAUUACUUGUUUUAAUUCAUUCGUUAACGUACAUACUUUCAAGUCUUCUCCCGAGAAUAGAAAACGUGGUACGAAUAAACGAACACCAUAGAGCGCAAGAAUGACGACCUACUAAGUCCAAGCAUGUUUGAUAACAACUUAUAGACGGGGAAAGUAGGACACACGAAGAUCAUUCCACCAAUUGAAAGCUUGAAGAGAAAGAAAACCUAGAGGUAAUAGGAGAAGAAAAAAAAGAAACUCAAAUCUGUGAAUUUAUUAAAUUGUACUAUUUGAAACCAAACCAAAACAGACACAAAAAUUAUAUGGCAAGAAGCAGCUAACGAGUAAAUGCGAGAAUAAAGUUAUAAAACAAAUUAGACACGUAUAUGCUUCAGUAAACUGAUGCAUCGAAACAACAGGCAAAACGAGAAGCAAACUGAUAGCAAUGAAACGAAAGGUGUGAAAAACUCACCAAACUCGUGGAUCUUGUGAGCUAGCGAUCGCAGAUGAUGCUAGUGGAUUUGUCACGUUCUUCAGUCUGCUCAACAGCAAGCGAACAUUUUGACAAAUGUUUGAACUUUGGCCAAUGCUCGUUAGAUCCGCAAGACGUUACCUGGCAUCGUAGGGCAAUCUCAGCCGUCUCGGGACGGAAACAUUCGCAAUGAACGAAGGAAGUACAAAAGCAAGCUUUUGCCUUUGGCAGGAUAAAGGGUAAGCAGCGUAGUGAACCGAUUGUCCUGAAACGGUACUGUAUGAUGCUGUUAUCGUACUGUAGGAGUUAAAAAGUCAUGCAGUUGAUCAAAGACAAGCAAACACCCAAAUCAGUAACAAAAAUAUACACCCUUACAUACACACAGAGCAACAUUGUCAUACUUAACUUAUCAUAAAUGAACAAAGCUAAAAAAAUGAAAACAAAUAACAACUAAAAUCAACAUAUUGUUUGCCUUAGCUCUCGAAUACACGCUGUUUGAAUAAACUCAUGCUUUCGAAAUCAGCUAUUAAACAAACGCGCAUUUACACAAUAAGCAGUAUCAACUGAAUCGGACAGGUACUCCUGCAGAGUACAGAGUAAAAACGCUUUGAGUCGCCCCAUUGCUUCAUGCUACGGGAGGAUUGUUAAUACGAUGCAUAGAAGCUAGAGGGCCGCGAGGAAAACCUCUUUGAACCGAGUGCAACCUGAGGAAUAGCUAUUACCACGGCAAGUAUGUAAGCGAGCAGAAAGCUAAAAGUUGCGUAAGAGUGUAAGCAUAAUAAGUAAAUUUGCCGGAAAGAAGGGAAUGAGAAACGAGCCAAAAAUCAUAUCUUUAUCAGUAAGAAAAUUCUUAGCAAAUAUUAAUACAAACGGAACAAAUGACGAAAAGUGGAAUAAAACACUGACACAACCAGACACACACAUACACACACGUACACACAUAACAAAACACAAACAAAUGGAAUAGGUACCAACAAAUCAACAUUAUAGGAUGCAGCACUUGUUUCGCUGAGUAUCAGAAACGAUAGGAUUAGUUAGGAGCAUGAAAUAAAAGGAUAUCGUUCGAGUCCUGAUUAACAAAUUACGCUAAAAGUGUAACGUUGUUUAUGCAAGAGUUGCAAACAAGUGAAGUAAGAGAUAGAGCGAGAGAGAGUUAGGGAAGAGGCGUGCAAUUGUAAAUGAUAAACGAUCGCAUUUUAAGGUGCAAAUCAUCGCCAAGGGAAGUGAGAUGAAUCAAGAAUCGAGAGCAUUACGUAUGCGUGUGUGUUACGCUUUUGCUCUGGUUAGUUGCUUGAAUCUUGGCGCGCUAACGGUUGCAAUCGCAAUGGUGAUACUGAUCAAGCUCGAUGUGCAAGAAUUUAUUCCAGAAGCCAAGCUGGUUGCUUAGUAUCCUAAGCGUCUACACGGCUACACCAUGCGGGACGUAAUGAAAUGGUUCAUCUGUGUCCGUGGAAGGAUUCAAAUUGAGUUUUUGAAGCAUAUAUUAUUAGCAAUCCAAAUGUCAUACAUGCGUAUUCUUCUCGUCAAACACCAACAUUUGUGAGCUUUUUGAAAAGAACUAUUGCAUUUUGUUACGUUGAACCUGCACUAUGGUUGAACUAUGUUAGGUUGAACCAAUAAAAAAGAAUUAAAAUUUUUGAUUAAUGAUUUUCUUUUGAUUUUGAUUAAUGUAGUUGGUAUUCUUUUAAUUCCUGCACAUUGAGGAUGAUUUGCACCACCGAGCGAAGUUUAUAUGUAAAUAUAUACAGGAAAAACAGGAGAGGUAAAGUCGAAGAGGAAGGUGCUGGAAGAUAGAAGCUGCUUCAACUCCUGAAUAAUAUACUUAUCAGCAUAGCAUUGCACAUGCACAUUGAAGCAACCAUUGAGUACGGUUUUUAUUUAUAUCUUAAUAUCUUCCUCUCUCUCUCUCUCUCUUUCUCUUCUCUCAGCUCAUUUCUUCCCCUUUAAACAAAGCCUCAGAAUAUAAAAUUAUUAGGAACAACAACAUGCAACGAGCAUCAGCUGUCUUUAAACAGAAAAAAAUACAAAAAAUAAAUAAAAUAACAUAAAAACAAACAAACAAAACUAUUAAAUAAGAUCAACUGAAUGAAGGAAAUGUUAAGCAAAUAGACGCAAGAAAGAUCGGUUGAGCAGCAAGGCCAGCAAGCAGCAGGUGUAAAUAAGAUCAGGUUUCUACAGGGAACUAUAGGCGAAGCGAUUCAUUAUCAUAUAGCCAAUCUCAGAGACAAAAAAUGGUUUGAAAAGACUCUCGAUGAAGGGGACAGAUCGUCAGGACAGUCGUUUGUUGUCAACCUGCGGUAAAGCAAUCGUCUGUUUUUGGUUGAUUGUUUUACCCUACGCUUGGAAACCUGGAACCAUUUCCUCUUCGUUGUUUUAGAUGAUCAAGCUUCAUGCCACAUAACAUAAACUGCAACUAAUGUUUGGUUUACGAAUACCUUUCGGAAGCUUUGUAUUCUUGAUUUAUUAUCUAACUCAUGUUCGAGCUAAAACAACGAAAGUAAGCAACCAUACUCUAUUUUCUCAAUGUUUGUAUAUUUAGCAGAAGUGAGUUGUUUAAAUGGUUGAAUAACUGCACUAUUGUUUUGUGCGGCAGCUUAUGACUAAAAUUGGCAGGUUGCAGAGAAAGUUGAUGCAGUUUGUUGGAUUGUUACCCCCACAUUGUCUGAUCCGUCCAGUGGAAAAUGGAUUAAUUUACGCCAGAUAACGGAAACUUAAACACAACCUUUUGCCACGACCGCUUGUGUGUGUGUGUAUGUGUGUGUUUGCGCUGCCUUGGAACACUCUUCGAGUGAUGAAGCAUAACCAGGACCAACCAGUUUUUCCUCCCAUUCGUACUUCAGCGGUAUGUUCAUGUUUAGUUUAUUUGCGAUCAGUUCGCUUGAUGCAUCGCGUGAUGAGUCGAACGCGCGAAAUAAGCAUAUUGAAGAUGGGUUAAUAUUUUGUUUUACAAGAUUUACUUUACGUCGCAUUGUUGGUAUGCCUUUUUUGUGUUUCCUGGAACCGUAAUACGCUUAGUAAGGUAAGGUUUUGAACGUCAACAUGUUUACACAACCACUGUGUUUAGUCCAUGAUCUGGAACACAAUUGACGGUGUCGAAAAUUGUCAUGAGAGAAUUGGUGAAAUAAUGGAAAAGAACAUUAUCAUCUGGAAAGUAUAAGGUUAUAAUUAUUGCUUUAAGUGCUUUGCAGUAUAUUACUAAUACCAAAUGCAAAUGAGAGGGAGAAAUAAAUAAGUGAAAAAUAACGAAGACAAACGAAAAAAAAAAACAUAAUUCGAAAACAGCAAUUGAGGCCUAUUGACUAUGCAACAAAAAAAGAAAAGAAAAACAAAUGCAUGGUUUAGAACACAGCACUUGUGUUAUGCAUUGACCAGAACAAUGAUUUAAAAUUUUGUUCCGCUUGAGAGCUUGCUCGCUUAUUAUCCAGGAUGGCGUUACGAGGUGAUGCCUAAAAUAAUAUACGAACGUGAUAGACAGACAGGAAUGGUUUUGGUACGAAAGAGCAGUCGUCGCUUCUUCUGCACACUAUAGCAGUAUCUUAUGAAACGUUACACGUUAUGAAACAUUUAUGUUAGUGUCGAAUAAGUUGCUUGGAGCGUGCUGUUUUACCAUGUGUGCGAGUAUGUGUAGCCUUUUGAAAAGACGCUAAUUGCGAACCAAUCGUACUGCAUCGGAAAAGAUUAUGCAUUAGACACUACGCCUUCCUGUAAACGAUCAGACGGUGUAGGCACACGUACACGAAACGAUCCAGGGAUGUGGAAAUGUUACCACUAUAUCGAUUAUUUGCAUUUCGAUAGAAGUUUGAAGAUAGACCAGAGACAACAUCAAAACAAAAAUAAAAUAUAAAUAAAAAGGGAGAGGGAAAGAAAAGUAAAGCAAACAAGCAUGGCUACCCGCGUCGGUGUGACAAAAGAGUUCUUUGGAAUGUGAGAAAAUGUGUACGCUGAAAAUGUAUGUUGGGAAAUACGGGAAUAGAAAUGUUAGUAGAUAAACAAAAAAAAAACAAAUAAACAAACAAAAAGAUUGUUGAGCGACAUGAGUAAAGUAAAUUAAUUUACAAACAAUUGAUAUAAAAGAAUAUUAACAAAAUACAUCUAUAAUUGAAUCAACAAUCCAACCAACCAAGUGGAACACAGAAAACCAACCACAACGUUGCCCUCCCUGUUUUUCUCAUCGUCGACAGAAAACAGGGGAGUGGGUGGCGUUUGUACAAAGCUAGGGCGAAGGAAAACACAUGAAACAACUAGUACUCGUAGCUAAGAACCAAUGAAGUUAGACUGGGUGAAAAGGGUUAAAAAUGCAAGUAAAAAGUAAAUUUUAAAAUUAUUUUAUAUUAACUUAAGUAAACCAUACUAACACAUUCUCACCACACAACACAUAAACAUACAAACCAAACAAACUUUGCUGAAACAAUGCUGUAAGUAAAUGCUGAAAAAAGUCAUACACUUCACACGGCCAGAGGCUACAUCCUUACUUCAUGUUUUUUUACACACACUUUUACACAUACACACACUUAUACACAAUUACACACACUAGAAGUUAAUUGGAAAAUCGAUAAAAUUAUACAUUAAACAUGAAACAACAUCAAGAAUCUAAAAAAAAAAAAAAAACGAGCCAAAACAGAACGAAAUGCGCUGGAGUACGCGAAUGGUAACAGGUAUUUUACCAUCAUACAUUCAAAUUUUGCUGGAUGAAAACACAAGACAAACAAUUAACACACGUGUACUCUACCCUACACAUAAGAAGCGCCAUCACACAAAACUCAUUCCACUAGAGAGAACAAUCCAAAAUCAGUCACACUAGCCACACCGUCAAGAUAGUGCAAAACAUGUCACAUGCAAAUGCGGUUGUAAUGCGAUACAAGCGGAUAAGGAGCGGAAAUAGUAGCAACCCGAUAGAGAGAAUGAGAGGGUGCAAGAGAGAGAGAGAGAGAUAAAUAGAAAGAGACAGAAAGAGGGAUAAGAAACAGGAUAAUACAAUAUACAAAUGUAUUGUUAAACUGCAUUAUACUUACAGUGUCAACCGUUUACAGUAACAUGCACACUAUCAACGCGUAUACAUUGAACUCGUACACACAGAAGCAUGAACACAAAAUGAUGAAGAUGGAAAACAAAACAUACGCUGAAAGUAUGAACACAUAAAAAGAUAACAACACAUGGUGAACGGACGACGAAGAGACUAGACGCUGCUCUUGUGUGGUAGGAGCGUGGCGUACGCGAUUAAACGAGCGAAGGGUACGAUCGCAAACAUGAACAUAAUUCAAGAGAAUAUUGUAAAAUACAAAAAUUUCUAUUAUUAUUAAAACCAUAUAUAAAUAUACCGCAACAAAAAAGUAUAUAUAUAUAUAUAUAUAUAUUAAAGACAAGGAAAAACUGUAUCCCCUCUCGGCUAAGAAAAUGUCGAGAAACGACAAUAAAACUGUGAGAAUGAAAACGAAA